UUUAGAGAGAGAAAAAGUUUAGAAAGGAAAGAGAGAAGAGAGAAAGAGAGAAAAAAGGAAAAGAUAGAGAAGGAAAAAAAAAAAAAAAAAAAUUCACUUAUAAAAACGACCCACCCCAACUCCGUCUCCUUCGUUGUUCUCGUCUUCUGCAAAAUCUUCUCGAUCUAUAAUAUACUUCUUUCUCUCUCUCUCUGUACAAGUCAAUCGAAGGCGAAUUGGGCUGAUCUGUGAGGUUUUAAGCUCUGCUUGGGUUUCAAUUGGAGACGGAGAUGUCGUCGCUGAGCAGAGAAUUGGUUUUUCUGAUACUUCAGUUCUUAGAUGAAGAGAAAUUCAAGGAUACAGUUCACAAGUUGGAGAAAGAGUCAGGGUUUUUCUUCAACAUGAGGUACUUUGAGGACGCUGUGACUAAUGGUGAAUGGGAAGAGGUAGAGAAAUACUUAUCUGGGUUUACAAAGGUAGAUGAUAACAGAUACUCCAUGAAAAUUUUCUUUGAGAUCCGAAAGCAGAAAUACCUUGAAGCACUGGACAAGCGUGAUCAUGCUACCGCUGUUGAGAUUCUUGUGAAGGAUUUGAAAGUCUUCUCCACUUUUAAUGAAGAACUUUUCAAGGAAAUAACCCUACUCCUCACCCUGGCAAAUUUUAGGGAAAACGAGCAACUCUCUAAAUACGGAGAUACAAAGUCAGCCAGGGCUAUAAUGCUUGUUGAGCUCAAGAAGUUAAUUGAGGCAAAUCCGCUAUUUCGUGAUAAGCUACAAUUUCCCACCUUAAAGACCUCAAGGCUACGGACUUUAAUUAAUCAGAGCUUAAAUUGGCAACACCAGCUUUGCAAGAAUCCGAAGCCUAACCCUGAUAUAAAAACCCUUUUUGUCGACCAUACUUGUGGGCAACCAAAUGGUGCUCGGGCUCCCUCCCCUGUUACUAAUCCUCUAAUGGGUUCCCUGCCUAAAGUGGGUGGUUUCCCAACGCUAGGUGCUCAUGGUCCAUUUCAGACAGCACCAGCACCUCUUACGGCGUCUCUUGGAGGAUGGAUGGUUAAUCCAUCUUCUGUGCCACACCAGGCUGUUUCUGCUGGGCCUAUAGGCAUUACUGCUCCAAAUAAUGCAGUGUCUAUGCUAAAGCGUCCUAGGACACCUCCAACUAACAAUCCGGCAAUGGACUAUCAAACUGCAGAUUCUGAACAUUUGCUGAAGAGAUCAAGACCUUUUGGAUUAUCAUCAGAUGAGGUCAACAACCUACCUGUUAAUAUUUUGCCUGUCACAUAUCCUGGCCAGAAUCCUGCUCAUACCUUAUUUUCUUCUGAUGAUUUGCCCAAGACUGUAGUUGUGAAUUUGAAUCAGGGUUCCGCUGUCAAGAGCAUGGAUUUCCAUCCAGUGCAACAAACUCUGCUUCUUGUUGGAACGAAUAUUGGUGAUGUUGCUGUGUGGGAUGUUGGUGCCAGAGAGAGGCUUACUAGUAGAAGUUUCAAGAUUUGGGAGCUUGGAACAUCUUCAAUGACUCUGCAGGCAUCUUUGGCCAAUGAGUAUACUGCAUCGGUGAACAGAGUAAUGUGGAGUCCUGAUGGCAACCUUUUUGGUGUCGCAUACUCCAAGCAUAUUGUGCACCUAUAUACGUAUCAUGGUGGUGAAGAUAUACGGAAUCAUCUGGAGAUUGAUGCUCAUACUGGUAAUGUUAGCGAUCUUGCUUUCUCUCACCCAAACAAACAACUAUGCGUUAUAACUUGUGGGGAGGACAAGACUAUUAAGGUCUGGGAUGUUGCCACUGGUUCUAAGCAGUACACUUUCGAGGGUCAUCAGUUACCUGUUUAUUCUGUGUGCCCACAUACUAAGGAAAACAUUCAGUUCAUCUUUUCGACGGGUAUUGAUGGGAAGAUUAAGGCAUGGUUGUAUGAUAAUUUGGGUUCAAGGGUUGAUUAUGAUGCCCCAGGACAUUCUUGCACAACAAUGGCUUACAGUGCUGAUGGGACAAGGUUGUUCUCAUGUGGGACUAGCAAGGAAGGAGAAUCAUACAUUGUAGAAUGGAAUGAAAGUGAAGGAGCUGUCAAGCGGACAUAUCAUGGUCUUGGGAAGCGGUCUGUUGGGGUUGUGCAAUUUGAUACAACAAAAAACAGAUUUCUGGCUGCUGGUGACGAGUUUGUAAUCAAAUUUUGGGACAUGGAUAAUGUUAACCUCUUGACAACUACUGAUGCAGAGGGUGGAUUGCCGGCUUCACCUUGCAUUCGGUUUAAUAAGGAAGGAAUGCUGUUGGCUGUCUCAACAAGUGAGAAUGGUGUCAAGAUUCUUGCAAAUUCUGACGGUGUUAGGCUUCUGCGUUCCACUGAAAGUCGUGCACUUGAUGCUUCUAGAAUGGCUUCUGAGAGUGCUGCAAAAGCCCCCGUAAUUGGUACAUUUGGUGCUUCCAGUUCAGCUGCUGGAACAAAUGUUGGUGUUGCAGAUAGAAAUGCUCCAGCGAUCCCUAUGAUUACACUGAAUGGAGAUAGCCGAAGUUUGCCAGAUGUGAAACCUAGAAUCACAGAGGAGCUAGAAAAAUCUAAGAUUUGGAAGCUUACUGAAAUCACCGAAUCAUCUCAGCUUCGUUCUCUGAGGCUUCCCGAUAAUUUGUUGUCAGUAAGGAUUAUUAGGUUGAUUUAUACAAAUUCAGGAGGUGCCAUUUUGGCACUAGCAUAUAAUGCUGUACACAAACUCUGGAAAUGGCAGAGGAAUGAACGGAACAUGACAGGAAAGGCGAAUACAAGUGCACCACCACAAUUAUGGCAACCUUCUAGUGGCAUAUUAAUGACCAAUGAUAUAAGUGAGACAAACCUUGAAGAUGCCGUUCCGUGUUUUGCACUUUCGAAGAAUGAUUCUUAUGUUAUGUCGGCAUCAGGAGGAAAAAUUUCCCUAUUUAAUAUGAUGACUUUUAAGACAAUGACAACAUUCAUGCCGCCUCCACCUGCAGCAACAUUCCUUGCCUUCCAUCCACAGGAUAAUAAUAUUAUUGCUAUUGGCAUGGAGGACUCAACAAUACAAAUCUACAAUGUUCGCGUUGACGAGGUUAAAAGCAAGCUCAAAGGGCAUCAGAAGAGAGUAACUGGUCUUGCGUUCUCAAAUGUUCUAAAUGUUCUUGUAUCAUCUGGAGCUGACGCUCAGCUCUGCAUUUGGAGCUCAGAUGGAUGGGAGAAGCAGGCUAGUGCAUUCUUGCAGAUACCGCCAGGGCGAACGGCAGCUCCUCUUGCACAGACACGUGUCCAAUUUCAUCAAGAUCAGGUUCAUCUGCUGGUGGUCCAUGAAACUCAGAUAGCCAUAUAUGAGGCACCAAAGCUAGAAUGUAUUAAGCAGUGGGUUCCGCGAGAGUUAAGUGGUUCAAUCACAGAUGCCACAUAUUCGUGCGAUAGCCAAUCAAUCUUUGCAAGCUUUGAAGAUGGGAGUGUAACUGUCCUCACUGCUUCAACACUCAGACUGAGAUGCCGAAUUAGCUCCACUGCCUACUUACCUCCAAGUCCCAGCCCAAGAGUACAUCCACUUGUUGUAACGGCCCAUCCCUCUGAACCUAAUCAAUUUGCCUUGGGGCUUACUGAUGGCGGAGUUCAUGUUCUCGAGCCCCUGGAAGCCGAGGGAAGGUGGGGUACCACACCACCACUAGAGAAUGGUGUAGGGCCUAGCAUCAACCCUGUUGCAGCGGGUUCGGACCAGCGAUCAAGGUAACCGUGAUUGCCUAUGCCUUGAAAGUAGUGGUCGCGUGAAAUAUCAUGAACACAUUUCCCAUUUUACUUUUGGGGUAGCUGCAAAGUUAGGUAUCUUAGCUCGUAGUAUACACAGCUCUGAUGGGUAGCAAAAUGCUGAGUUGAUAGUCGUCUUGAAUUUAUGGUCAAGAUUUGUGGAAUCCCUUCCGUAUAUAUAAAGGAUGAGAGAAUGGUAAGACGAAGAUGAAGAGACAGAUGGCAGAAGAGUAGAAUUUAGGGCUGUCUUUUGAGAAUUUUGCCUUCUAAUCACAUCAAGGUGACUCAACAAUUAAGUUAUUAGAUUGGGCCUCUGCAAAAUCUUUCUUGUAUUUUUAAGGUAUCUGAAUAUUACUGUUUCUUUUUCCAGCAUUCUGAACAUAAAUGAACUCUCUCUCUCUCUCUCUCUCUCUC